AGCCUGGGGCAGGCUACUUAAGCGAGGCUGCGCGCGGGCCUCAGCGGACAGUCCGGUUCUGCGCCGGUGGGGAGAGGCGGCGGCGGCAGCGGCGGCGGCGCGCGCGAGUCCUCGCGGAACCAUGUCCAGGCGGGAAACAGGCGCCAACGCCUCCCCUUGGGUCGCGGCUUCUCCUCGAAGAAGCCCGACGGUGUGUCCGGCCCCGGAGAGGAGGCCGGCGGAGAGUCCGACUGGAAGAGGUCGGAGAAGGAGUCGGGGCGGCAGAGGGGGCGGCUGGAGGGAGCCCGCUGGCCUCCCGGAGACCGGGGCCGGUGGUCGCGGGGAACCGCCGCUCCGCUUCGCUGUGAAGAACAACGUGGUGGGCGCGGUGGUCGGCCGUGGUGGAUCAAAAAUAAGAGAAAUCCAAAGUACAACAAAUACCAAAAUACAGAUAAUAAAAGGAAAUCCUGAGGCAGAAGUCAAAAUUUUUGGCAACAAGGCGAUGCAGACAAAAGCAAAAGCGAUGAUAGAUAAUUUUGUUAAAGAACAAGAAAAUUACACUCCAGAAUACAGAGUUGAUAUUGUUGCAUUCCGACCUUCCGUUGCAAGAGAUGUAAGUGCACAUUAUAAUGUUGCAGAAGAUCAGCCAUUGAUAAAUUGGGAUAAAAUUCGAGAGAAUGCUUCGAAAUGGGAAAAAAAAAAGUGGGCAGAUUUACCUCCAAUUAAGAAAAACUUUUAUGUGGAGUCGGCAGCAACAAGGACAAUGUCGCAAGUGCAAGUAGACAACUGGAGGAAGGAAAAUUUUAACAUAACAUGUGAUGACUUAAAAGAUGGUGAGAAACGUGCCAUCCCCAACCCGACCUGUAGCUUUGAAGAUGCCUUUCAGUGUUUCCCUGAAGUCAUGGAAAGCAUUGAAAAGGCGGGUUUCCGGCAGCCAACACCGAUUCAGUCACAAGCAUGGCCAAUAGUCCUGCAAGGAAUAGAUCUUAUUGGAGUAGCACAAACUGGAACAGGGAAGACGCUGUCCUAUUUACUGCCUGGAUUUAUUCAUCUAAACUCUCAACCAAUUGUCUGUAUAUAUGGUGGUGGAGACAGAAGUGGACAAAUACAAGAUGUUUCAAAAGGUGUAGACAUCAUCAUUGCGACCCCUGGAAGACUGAAUGACCUGCAAAUGAAUAAUUUUGUCUGCCUGAGAAGUAUAACCUACUUGGUUUUAGAUGAAGCAGACAAGAUGUUGGACAUGGGAUUUGAACCCCAGAUAACAAAAAUUUUGUUCGAUGUGCGCCCAGACAGACAGACAAUUAUGACAAGCGCUACUUGGCCGUGUGCUGUCCGGCGACUCGCACAAUCUUACCUGAAAGACCCGAUGAUUGUGUAUGUUGGUACUUUGGAUCUAGUUGCUGUGAGUACGGUGAAGCAGGACAUCAUCAUCACCACCGAGGAAGAGAAGCGCACCCACAUCCAGACCUUCCUGGAGAACAUGUCCCCCAAAGACAAGGUCAUUGUCUUUGUGAGCAGAAAAGCAGUUGCUGAUCAUUUAUCAAGCGACCUCAUUCUUCGACAAAUAUCAGUAGAGUCUUUGCAUGGCAACAGAGAACAGAGCGACCGAGAAAAAGCACUGGAGAACUUCAAAAAAGGUAAAGUGAGAAUCCUCAUUGCUACUGACCUGGCGUCUCGAGGCCUUGAUGUGCACGAUAUCACACACGUCUAUAAUUACGACUUUCCCCGGAACAUUGAAGAGUAUGUACACAGAGUGGGCCGCACCGGAAGAGCGGGGAGGACCGGCAUGUCAAUUACGCUUAUCACAAGAAAUGAUUGGAGGAUUGCCACCGAACUGAUCAAUAUUCUGGAAAGAGCAAAUCAGAGUAUCCCAGAAGAGCUUGUCUCAAUGGCUGAGAGAUACAGAGCAAAUAAACUGAAAAGAGAAGUGGAAAAAAAAAUAGGAAGACUUCAAGGAAAGCCCCAGAAGUUUUAUUAGUAUUUUAUGUUGAAGAAUGGCGUUAGCCUACUAGAGAACUCAAGGUUUUUUAGAAGUCUAUGCUAUUCAAGAUGGAAGUACUGAAAAAUUCUGUCAAUGUGGGGAGACUUGACUGAUCCUUAAUAGUGUUUUACAAUGUGGGAUUCAAUAUUUUAUACUUCUUAAAAGUAUUUCAACUUGAGUUGAAAUUUUUGCUGGAUAUUUAGUACAUAGCAGAAUGUUUUCUUUUACUUAAAAGUGUUUUUAAUUUAAAAAAUCUUUAAAGCUGAAUGUGAUGGUACAGGCCUGCA